AUGAACUUGGAGACUUUGACAAUACAUGCAACCACAAUCAACGGUGCAGCAUAUCGCAAAUCUGGCCUCGAAGCUCCUUUCUGGCUUCAUCUUAUGUACAGAACAACGGGUAGUUUUGACAUUGCGACUGUCGCAGAGAUUGCGCCACUGCAGCCGCAGCGAAGGGCCAACCUUUCGACCUGUUCACUCUCUAGGCGGUCUUGCUUGCUUUUGCUGCCCCGGGAAUCGGCCAUGCCUGACACAAAAGAAGCUGGAUCAGUGGCGCAGUCCAAGGUGCGGUGCGCUUCAAACGGACCGUGGUUAGCAUAUGUUAGCAUCAUCACUUCCCUGGCCAUGAGCCGCGGAGGUCCAGACAACUCUGGAUCCUUCGGCGUGAUGCUAGCACUCCAAACCGCAGCCUUGAUCGGAGCAAAGAAGGAUCGAAUUCGUUUGCCUGCCCAUGCUUGCAUGUCUCUUGUGGUAUUGGUCGGCUUGUCAUUGAUACUAAGCAUCCCCCAAGCCCCGAGCAAGCACAGUGAUCAAGGAUCUUCAUUCCGAAGUAUCCGAAGGUCAUGUCAGACAAUCUGGGAAAAACUGCCCUGA